AUGUCGGCCCUCCGCAACAGCCGGACUGCCACCGUGCAGGCCCGUGGCUUCGCUUCUUCGGCGAGUCUUCGAACCGGCCCUGAGUCCCCUCGCUUUAUUGAAAUCCCCCCGAUGGUCCAAGCCACCAACCCUGUCAAGCCCCGCAUCAAGGGUUCCCUCCCCGUGCCGCGCGAGCUCUUCCCGGCUCGCCGAGCGGAUAAGCCGAACAAAGCGUAUCUCGACGCAGUGGCCCCAUUCCCCAAGACGGAACGCAAGCCGAACCCGAGGAGCGGCGAUCCUGAGAAGGCAGAGUUCAAACACAAGAUGUCGGUGCUGCGGCGCGACAAUCUCCGCCAAGGGCUGGAGGAACUGCACAAGCGGAAAGAAUCGACGGAGUCGUCCAUGAUGAAGAAGAGUAUUCAGAGCCAACACCAACGAAACAUCAUCCUUAAUCAGCCGGAACGCGAAGAUGAGCGCCUAACCCGCCCGUCGAUUGCCCAGAAAAUGCAGCCUCGGAAGCAGUCGGUGCUACAGGACCACGGGCGAAAAAAGCGAAUUGCUUUUUCGAAGGAGCGCAUAGCAUCCCGGAAGGCUCUGAAGCAAGCGGAGAAGGAGGAUCACUUGCACUCCCUCUAUAUGAAUGCUCGCACGUUCAUCAUGACCGAGGAACAGCUCGCGGCGGAAAUCGACCGCGUCUUCCCCAAGGGUGAGAAUGAUGCGUGGCGCUCUGACAUGCAGGCCGGAGACAACAUUUGGAACCUUGGUCUUCCCCCGAGCCUGUUCAACCUUGUUACGAAUCCUCGGAAGAGCGAGACGGAGCGCUGGGAUGUGUCGCAAGGCCGAGUCCAGAAGCUGGGCGAGCAGCUCACCGGUGGCAAGCUCUAG